AUGCCGACGCACUACAAUUUUGGCAUCUAUUCCCGGUGCAAUUUCCGUGCCGCUCUCGGAGGGAAGGAGACGACCGAGAUUUGUACGGAUACUAAGUUCGCCGAGAUGAGCGUGCUGUUCAACGUGGACGGGGUGGCGGUGAAGCCGGUGGUUGUGACGCACAACAGCGAGGGGGACAGGAACCCCUUCGGGCCGACGUACUGCUACGGCGUGCCCGGGCUUAUCGUGGAGGUAAUCGAAGGAAGUGGUCACAUCGCCGCCAUGACCUUGUACGAAGCACUCCACCAA